CCUCCCCUCCCCUACACAGCGCUGCCUCUCAGCUCCAGACCAAAGAUCUUUGCUCCAGACCACUGUAGUUGGCACCAACUCACUCCAAGCCGGGAUGUAACAACUUUGCCGGUUGCGGUCUCUCCUCCCCCCCACGUUAUUUCGUCCUCCCGGCGGAGGUUGGAUUAUUGCUGAAGUUGGAGGGAAGCGGCUGCGGAGAUCGGGAACAGACUUCCCGGGACUUGAAGCGGAAAGUCGGAUCCAACUGCUCGUUAUACAGCCGAUCUUAUUCAAUAUGUUAUCCAAAGAGAUCUUCUCACAGCCAACAGACGGACUGCAUGCAACAAAAUAAAAAUACGAAUGGGAGAGGGACCCGAGAUACAGUGGACAUUGUGACAGGUCAUCACCAUGGCAAUGGUUCAGGCAAAUCCCUUGACUUCUGAGCGCCAGAGUCCAGUCAGUGGAAGGAAGCUGCAGCCUUCUUCACCGACGGUGCUUUUGCCGAUCGCCAUGGGUAGCGUCGGCAGUCUCGUCUCCGGCCGCAACUACCAUGACAAGCACUGCAAAGCCACAGAAUACGGCGGCAAGGGUCGGAAAACUGGCCAGAUCCAGAAUAUUUUCAGGCAGCAGGAUGGACACCUAAAAAAUGGCUAUUCCCAGGACUGCGUUGGGGCGAUGGCGGCCAAGAAGCAGAGUGGGAACUACGUGCAUACGAAGGACGACCGGCGCAAUGGAGGCUGGAACAUGAUCGAGUCACCGACCAGCCCUUGCAGUGACACCGAGGACACACGGGAAGGAAAGCUGGCCAAUGGAAACAUCCGCGGUCCACCGCCAAAGAUUAUUCCAGUGUCGGGCAAGCUGGAGAAGAACAUCGAGAAAAACCUGAUCAGGCCGACGGCCUUCAAACCAGUUGUGCCCAAGAACAGGAACUCAGUGCAGUACCUGGUUCCCCGCCCCAUCAACGGGCUAUCGGACAGCCAGGGGAGCCUGAACAUCGUCUUCAACGGGAGCUCGCUGGGGUCGGUGAUGUGCGGGGAGAAGCGCAACUCUCUGCAGAGCUACGGGUGUGCGAGGGGCAGCGUGCAGUCAGGGACGCUGUCUGACUCUGGCAGGAACUCGCUGUCCAGCCUGCCCACCUACAGCACAGGUGGCAGCCAGCAGCUGGACGGUGUGGGCUCAUCCACGGGGCAGCUCCACCUGGAGGCGGGAGGAGGAGGUGGCGGCGGUGGCGGUGGCCAUGGGUACCAGGAGCGAGGAGCGGUCUCCCUCCACAACUCAGACAGUGGCCGCUCCUCCUCCAGCAAGAGCACGGCGUCGCUGAGCGGCCGGGCUCCGGCACUGUCGGACGGCGAGCGCACGCCACCACCGCCCCCGCCACCGCCGGGCCACGAGGCAGCCGUGCGCGAUCUGGAGGACAGGCUGCGGGAGCGCGAGGAGGAGCUGCAGCAGCUGCGCGAGAGCCUGGAGGAGAAUGAGGCGGCUCUGUGCCAGAUCUAUGAGGAGAAGCAGCGGCGAUGCGAGCAGGAGAUGGAGGAGCUGCGCCGCAGCUGCGCCGGACGCCUGCGCCAGACCUCGCAGAAAGCACAGCGGAUGCAGCAGGUGCUGCAGCUGCAGGUCUACCAGCUGCAGCAGGAGAAGAAGAAGCUGCAGGAGGACUUUGCGCAGCUGCUGCAGGAGCGGGAGCUGUUGGACAAGAAGUGCGCCUCCUUCGAGAAGGAGCAUACUGAGCUCGGACCACGACUGGAGGAGACCAAGUGGGAGGUUUGCCAGAAGUCGGGGGAGAUAUCCCUGCUGAAGCAACAGCUGAAGGACUCCCAGUCUGAUCUAGCCAUGAAGAGCAACGAAAUUGUCUCCAUGAAGGCGCAGCUCCGCGAAGUUCGGGCGGAGCUUCAGGACCACGAGGACGAGAUCCACGAGUUCCGGGAUUUGGUGCACACCAAGACCUUGGAGCUGGAGGUGUGCGAGAACGAGCUGCAGCGGAAGAAGAACGAGGCCGAGCUGCUGAGGGAGAAGGUGGGCAAGCUGGAGAUAGAGACCACGGGCCUGAGGGAAGCUCUGGGCAGCAGCAGGCAGCAGGCGGUCGGCACGUACGCCGAGCGGGAGGACGCCUUCCUGAUGUACGAGAGCGACGAGGCCAAGGUGCAACGUCAAAACGCGGACAACCAGCAGGGCCUCUGGCAGCAGCUGGAGAAGCUGAGGGCCGAACUGAUGUAUGAGCGCAGGAGGAGCGAGAAUCAGCAGCAGAACUUUGAGGUGGAGCGGCGAACAUGGCAAGGGGAGAAAGAGAAGGUGAUUAGGUACCAAAAGCAGCUCCAGCACAACUACAUACAGAUGUACAGGAGAAACCGGGAGCUGGAAAGGGAAAUGAGACAACUUAGUGUGGAAUUGGAAGCUAGGGAGUUGGAUGACCUGGAAGCGCGAAAUGAAGACAUUCGAUUUGAGGAGAUCACGGCAACAGAAAUCUAAAAAAAUGAUUUUAAUAAAGGACAAAACCACCUUUGCCAAAUCUUUGUGUUAGAUAAAUAUAAUGAUGGACAAUCAUAACUCUCUAACCUGUUUUAGUUUACUUCCAAUGUUUGUAAUAAAAGGGCCAAUGACUGCUUUGACCUAAUCUUCCUCCAGGCACAUCAAGACAUCUAGGUCUAUCUUUGCUUCCACGGAUGUUCCCAUUAAGUGCUUUUUCAAUCCCUCGCUGUGUGAGUGUAGGGGGACAUACAAUGAAAUACAGCGGUGAAGUCGACUACACCAAUGAGCGAACAGUCGGUAAUGUUUGCAGUGAAAUGGUUCUGUUCUAUCGACACCCAAAACCAGGGGGAUUUGGUGUUCAUUAUACUAGAUAUACCAGAGUUGUCCCUCUCUAAUUAAAUCAGUUAAAGAUACAGCGUGGGGAAAGACCAUUCUGCCCCCGGGCCGAGCAUCGCUCGCCCCCGUUCACACUAGUUCCAUGUUAUCCCACUUUCUCAUCCAGUCCUUAUGGACUCUUACAGGCAAUUUACAGAGGCCAAUUAACCUACAAACCCGCACAUCUUUGGGACGUGGGAGGAAACUGGAGGAAACCCAUGCGGUCACAGGGAGAACGUGCAAACCUCACACCAACAGCGCCCGAGGCCAGGAUCGAACCUGGGUCUCUGGCGCUGUGAGGCAGCAGCUCUACCAGCUGUACCACCCUGCCGCCCAUCCACGUCCGUGGGCAUUGACCUCUAUCCCAAGAAUAUUCACCCAGUACCAUUGCCACUCAUCCACCAUCAAAGGACAAGGCAAAUUUGGCCAAGUUGAUCUUUGGGUGUAGAUAACUUUAGUUAAAAAGAAACAAAAGCAGUUAUAAAAACAAAAUGCAAUAGGAUGCAAUUUCUCAGAAUGGAAGUCAAUUUUUCAGAAUGGAAUGGACUUGAAAAUAUACCUUGAAAAGUGCUCCUGUAAAAUAAUUCUGAAUUCUGAGCACCUUUUAUAAAAUGGCAUAAAACAAUGAAACUGAUAUUCUUUUCUUUGUUGAAUGGAGAAAGAGACUGGAUUUUCAGCCAGAUUUAUAUUUUAAUAUACUAAAUGAUCUCUGUAGUUGUUUACGUCAAUGAGAAUUCUGUCACUUGCUACCUAUUCAUGUUGAGGCCAGGAUUGAUUCUGGACAGAUAGCGAGAAAUAUAAAGCUGAACUGUGGAAAUCAGUAUUCCUACUUUCCAAUAGGAUUAAGCCAGACUUCCCUGGGUAAUUGGGAUGGGAUGCCAUCAUUGCUAUGACCCUAAGUCAGUUUAGUUCUUUGAUACAGUGUGGAAAGAGGCCAUUCAUCCCACCGAGUCCACGCCAUCUAUCAAUCUCCUGUACACUAGUUCCAUGUUGUACACUCUUUGGCAUCCUACAUUGGCUUUGGUAAAAUUGUACAUUGUCCCUGGUGUGUAGAAUAGUGCUGGUGUAACAGGCCCAAUUUGUCCAUGCCCACCAGGUUGCCUCAUUGGGCGGCACAGUGGUGCAGCAGUAGAAUUGCUGCCUCAUAGCGCCAGAGGCCUGGGUUCGAUCCUGACCACAUUGUCUGUACGGAGACAGAUAAAGAUUGGCUUCUGUAACGAUUGUAAAUUGUUCCUAGUGCCUAGGACAGUGUUAGUGAUAGCUGGCCGGCACAGACUCGGUGUUCCUUCCUGCGCUGUAUAUCUAGUCUAAAGUCUACGCAUUCAGGACAAUUUGCAGAACCCAUUUAACCUGCAAACCUGCAAGUCUUUGCAAUGUGAAAGGAAACUGGAGCACCCGGAGAAAACCCUUGCGGCCACAGGGCAAAUGUACAAACUCUGUUCAGACGGCACCUGUGGUCAGGAUCGAACCCAGGUCUCAGGUGCUGUGAGGCAGCAGCUCUACCUCUGUGCCACUGUGCCAUCCAGUGUUAUAGAGCAGAAUGGGAUUGGGAAAAAUAUUCCUGCAUCUUUUGCACUUGAUGUCAAGUGAAAAAUGUGGACAGUUUGUGCAGGCAAAAUGUCCACCCAUUCCACUAACACCAUAAUCCUCGCCGUCUUUCUGUCUGCCCACAACCGCAUCCACAGUAUAUUUGCCAAGACAGAAAUAAGGGUUGGUGGCUCUGACAAACUUCCUUUGCUCGGUUAGCUGCUUAAAAAUAGGCACCUCUCACGUUGGCUCCUUCUCAGCCAAACCUAUUGCUACAUGGGACCAGUUCUCCACACAAACAGUAUCUCAUAACACAUGGGAGCAGAAUUAGGUCAUUCAGCCUAUCGAGUUCUUGUGAAAUCUCCCUCCCUCCCCCCCUCAUCUUAAACCUAUGUCCUCUGGUUCUCAAUUCCCCUACUCUGGGCAAGAGACUCUAUGCAUUUACCCAAUCUAUUCCUCAUGAUUUUACACAGCUCUAUAUGAUCACCCCUCAUCCUCCUGCACUCCAGGGAAUAAAGUUCUCGUGUUCCACCAAUUCUACAUGGCGGUGGCUGAUAUGACUAACAUUAGCCCUGCAUCCCUACCUGCCUAGCCUGCUCAACCUCUCCCUAUAGCUCAGUGCAAUGGCGGAGCAGGAUGUAGACUUUAGGAAAUCUGGUCGAAACGAUUCAAGAACCAGAUUGUCUCAAAGAACUAAAUAAAAGCUCUUGGGAUGUGAGGAUUUCACCUGCCCACUGCACACAGCAUAACUGACGCCAGUGACUGUGCCGACCCACCUGUGCAUGCAUGUUUUAUAUGGAAAGCUAGAUAAUGUUAUAAUAAUGGUUUAUUCUCUACCUCGGCCAUUUUGCUUUAAGUUUAGCUUAGUUUAGAUUAGAGAUACAUCACGGAAACAGGCCCUUCGGCCCCCCUUGAGUCCGCACUGACCAGCGAUCCCAGUGCACUAGCACUAUCCUACACACGAGACACAAUUUGCAAUCUUUA